AGGCAGGGCCGGCGCUGCAGCUGGCCACUGGCCUGCCCAGCGCUCCCUGCCCGAGUCCUCCAAAGCCUCCGCUCCCCCAGUGCCACCCCCAGCAUGGACGUCACCAUCCAGCAUCCCUGGUUCAAGCGGGCCCUGGGACCCUUCUACCCCAGCCGGCUGUUCGACCAGUUCUUCGGUGAGGGCCUUUUUGAGUACGACCUGCUGCCUUUCCUGUCGUCCACCAUUAGCCCCUACUACCGCCAGUCCCUCUUCCGCACCGUGCUGGACUCCGGCAUCUCCGAGCUCAUGACCCGUAUGUGGUCGGUCAUGCACCGGCCACGUGCUGGAGGCCCCAAGAGCAACCCUGGCAAGGCAAGUGGACGCCACUACAGAGCAAGGGUACGGUCUGACCGGGACAAGUUCGUCAUCUUCCUGGAUGUGAAGCACUUCUCGCCCGAGGACCUCACCGUCAAGGUGCAGGAGGACUUCGUGGAGAUCCACGGCAAGCACAGUGAGAGACAGGACGACCACGGCUACAUCUCCCGUGAGUUCCACCGGCGCUACCGCCUGCCCUCCAACGUGGACCAGUCGGCGCUGUCCUGCUCGCUGUCGGCCGACGGCAUGCUCACCUUCUCCGGCCCCAAGGUGCAGUCGGGCCUGGACGCUGGCCACAGCGAGCGAGCCAUCCCUGUGUCCCGGGAGGAGAAGCCCAGCUCGGCGCCCUCCUCCUGAACAGCCCACCCCCGGCAUCCCCCAGGCCCCCCGGCAUUGGGCCGGGCAGAGGUGUGGGGCUCGUCCCCCCUUUUCCUCCCCUUCCUCUUCAUCUUCUCUGGGGAAAUGAAGGUUUGAGAGAGUGACCCCGAGCCUGCUCUGGGGUAC